UUCCAUUUGAUUCAUUCUCACUGAGCCUCGUCUCUCCCUUCCCCCCCCCCCAACCUCCCAUUGUUUUUUUUUCCCCCUUUUGAACCGAAUACAACAAAGAGGAUGGACGCGCGAUCGCAGGCUGCUGAGUCGCUUGCGCGGCAACGCGAGCAGUUUCGUCGGUCGGCCGUCGCGUCGUCUGCAAUGCUCCCAACGCGACCGGUGCCAGUGAUGGCAGGGACGACCAUCACGCCCAUCGGGUCGCUGGCAUCCAUGCUGCAGGGCUCGUCGGCUGCGUCGUCGUCGUCGUCAUCAGCAGCUCAGCAGGCCGACCAGCAGCAGCAGCAGCAGCAGGGGCAGCAGGGGCAGCGACCGGGUGGGCUGCCCAGCCUGCUCAGCAGCCUGACAAACAACUCGGAGCCACGCGGAGGGCAGUUCAUCCGCCAAGCUCAGCAGCAGCGCGCGGCAGAGGUUUCAUCCAAUCUGGUCCGGCUGUGUGAGCGAAUCGUGACCCAUCUCCGAGACCGCCAUUUGGCCAGAGACGAUAAUGCGGCAACAGAGUUUUCGUUGGACGAACUGCUUGCACGCGUCAGCGAGCGUGUGCUCAGUCCUGCAGAGCUGGACGACAUGCGACACCGACUCGAGGGCAACAUUCUCAUCAAUCACGUUGAUGGCAAGUUUCGAUACAAGCCUAAAUACGCCGUCGGUAGCAAAGACGAGCUGCUUGAGCUGUUGCGCAGCUACUACAUGCAAGGUCUAGGCGGGAUAAAGCAGUCCGAGUUGCUGCAGUGCUAUCGCGAAGCCGCUGACGACGUGAUGCAACUUCAAGCUGACAACCGCAUUUAUGUCCUGAAGCCAACCAAAGGGACCGAAAUGAUUCUAUUCUACAACGACCCUCGACUGCGGGUUGAUGUUGAUGAAGAGUUCAAGGAUUUAUGGUCGAAAAUCCAACUUCCGCUUAGCGUGGACGCGGAACUUCGAGCUGCCCAACUACAGCCCCUGAAAGUGGCUUUGCCCAAUAGUGUUGAGGAGCAAAACAAAGCAAAGAAGCAAACUGCUCGCAAAAUCACGAAAUUCACAAAUACCCACCUGCAAAACCUCGAUCUCACCCAAGACUUCAAGCCUCGAACCCGAUAGCAGUUGUCGCAAUGAGAUUGUCAUUUUAUCUGGUGUGUUGGCGCGAGCUUCCAUCUCGAUUGGCAUGGACGACGAUGCUUUCAUUGUAAUUUUAUUGCAAAUACACACAAACACGCACCCGACAA